CCGGGCGCCCUUAUAGUGCGGGGGAGGGGCGGCGGUAGCGGUGGCAGCGUGAUGGAGCGGGUGGUGCUGGUGACCGGUGCUAGCGGCGGCGUGGGGCUGGCGCUGUGCCGGCGGCUGCUGGAGGAGGAUGGCCGCAUCCACCUCUGCAUCGCCUGCCGCAACGCCCAGAAGAGCGAAGCCACGCGGGACCUCAUCCUGGACACCCACCCCGCCGCCCAGGUCUCCACCGUGGAGGUGGACCUGGGUAACCUGGCCUCUGUCCUGCGCGUCGCCCGUGAGCUGCGCUGCAGGUUCCAGCACCUGGACUUUGUCUACCUCAACGCUGGGAUCAUGCCCAACCCACACGUGAACUUCAAGGCGCUCUGGCACGGCCUGCUCACCGGGAGGGUGCUUCACAUGCUGACCACUGCGGAAGGCAUCAUGACCCAGACAGACAGGCUGAACGGAGAUGGACUUCAGGAGGUGUUUGCUACCAACCUUUUUGGACACUUUAUCCUGGUUCGUCAACUUGAGUCUCUACUCUGCGGUAACGAAAAGCCCUCACGACUCAUCUGGACCUCUUCCAGCAAUGCCAGGGAGUCUGCCUUCAGCCUCUCUGACUAUCAGCAUGCCAAGGGGCAGGAAUCAUACAGUUCCUCCAAAUAUGCUACUGACCUGACAAGUGUGGUUUUGAACAGGAAAUUUAAUAAGCAGGGUCUGUAUUCCAGUGUUGUUUGUCCUGGUCUCGUUAUGUCUAACAUGACCUACAGAAUUUUGCCAGUUUUCCUGUGGAAGCUGCUGAUGCCCAUCAUGUGGCUGAUCCGAUUUUUUGCCAAAACUUACACUCUGACACCGUAUAAUGGAGCAGAAGCUCAUGUGUGGCUGUUCAAACAGAAGCCGGAGCACCUGGAUGCACUUGUCAAGUACCACAGCUGUACUUCUGGACUGGGGAAGAACUACGUGGAACCCAGAAAGAUUGAUGUGGAUGAGGACACUGCUGAGAAACUUUACCAAAAGCUGUUGGAGCUGGAGAGGGAGACUCUGGAGAGAUACAGUGAUCUCCUAGAUUAAGUACAGCCAGUGUCAGUGGGAUCAACAGUCUCGUAUUCAGUAACGUGGGCUUUCUUCAUUCUGGUGCUACUUAUGUUGCCUGCUGUUCUGCAGGCACGUGGCUUUGGACCCCGUCUUCUCAACAGAAGGUGAACAGUUCCUGAAAAUGGAAAUGUGAAAACUGAAGAGAAAUACUUAGUCUUUUUGGUAUAGGAUUUUUUUCUGGCAUAAACAGGAGACCUAGAGUAGGUGGAGACUGUUUUAACACAGUUGCAAUGCGGCGUCUUGCAAAAGCAUGACCGAACUGUGCGCAGUUCGGGAACAGCCCCAAAACAUGUGGUUUAAAUCUGGCUUAGCGCAGGAAAGGCAACAGUCUGGGGUGCUUCCCUGUGUCUUGGCUCUACCAGUCUUUCUAGAUGGCUCGAACACAUUACCUGUGGUGGAUCCUGAAGUACUUGAAGGCUCGAUCUUCAGCAGAGCUACUCUUACACUUGUGCACCAAAGCUGGGGACAGCUUGCCGGACGUGCUCAACAAGGUUGAACCUUACUGGAAGCCAGGCUUUGCACAGCGUCUGAGGCCAAGCUCCUGAAGGGCUGGCCUGAGAAGCGCACCCCCUGCCCCAGCUGUGGGGACAGAUGUCUUGCUGGGUAUGGGGCCAUAAAGGUUCUAACCACGACUGGCUGGAAAGACUGAAGCUGUUGCUGUUAACCUGGGCUCAGGGCUAGUCUGCGCUGUUUUUAGCAAGAGUGAGAGGUUACCGUGUCAUUUUAUCUAUUUAAUUCUCUUUUUACAUAAAUCUACUGUACAGAGUAAUCUUCCUGUUGUCUGUCUGGGGAGCUUCACCAGGUACCUGGUGUACUUCAAAUGCUGCAAUGAAUAAAUGACUGGAACUGACUUGUCCUUGCCGCAGUGGUGGUUUUACUCCAAGAGCCAGCCGCUUUUGACUCAGAGGGCUGGAAGGGAGGCUGGUUUAUUGCCUUGCACAAUGAGCCCGUGCAUACCUGGGGAGUGCGGGGUCUCUUCUCUCCUGCUGCAGGCGAGCUGUUAACUACCUCUUUGGGCUUACUUCUCAUUCCUACUAGUUAAUAAAAGACAUGAGUGGCUUCUGAAGA